AUGGCCGCCCUGGAAGGCGGUUGGGUCGAGCCCAUCUACUACGCACAGGCCAUGCCCGCAAAUCCGGAAAGAGGUCGUCCAGACAAGGGAUACGUUGACAUUGUGGUCCAUGACGGUUACAAUCAAAUUGCCCUCUUCUCUCCUGUGAGCAGCAGAAGCCCGGUCAUGCUGACCUCGGGAGCUUGGGAGGUUGUGGAAUCCGCGUUUGGCGUCGACCUGGAAAACAACAUGCUUUAUUUUGUUGCGGCAAGGGAAUCACCGUCACAGCGCCAUCUCUAUGCCGUCCGGCUUGACGGAAGUGGUCUGCGAUCUGUAACAGACAUUUUCCGCCAAGCUUUCUACAACUUAGAUAUGGACCACGGCACCCACUAUGCCGUUUUGAACUACAAAGGUCCCGAGCUGCCGCGGCAGUCACUUGCCAGGCUGCAGAACGGCUCAGUUGAAUGCCAGUGGGAGUUGGGGGUUGGCAACGGUAAGCUGGAGACUAAUUUGAAGAACCGUAGGCUGCCUCGUCGGACUCACCAGACCAUCUACACAGCAGGUGGUUAUCAGCUCUCGAUCAUGGAAUUGCUGCCCGCAGACUUCGACCCCAAGCUACAAUAUCCGACCAUCUUCCACAUUUAUGGUGGGCCUGGAUCCCAAAAGGUCAACAUGAAAUUUGAGGUCGACUUCUAG